AGUCUCUUUUCUUGGCAUUAUGCUGCACAUUUUGUAAAUGAGAUAAACAAUGUUGUGCAUAAUAAUCCACAGGGAUUUACAGAAUCUAUAAAGCCGACAACACACACACAUAUUUUCUUUUACAGUUUAAGCAUUGGCAGCGUUACACUAAUAGUUUACCACAAUAACAAAUCCAGGGCAAAAGGGCAGGUGCCUGAGCACCAGUAGGGGUCUACCUGUGCACGUGCCUGACAGGUAGCCACGUUGACUUCAGAGGACAAAUGACCUUUGCCCUUGAUAUGUAUUGGCUGUCUUUAAGUUCAGAUGUGCAUAAUCGCAUUCUUAGUGGUCAGAAUGUCUGAUUUCUACUGGACUCUUUUGUUCCUCAGUCUGUGAAGUCUGCUGCUGGCCUCCUGGUUCCUGGGCUUUGACACUGAAUGUACAAAAGGAAGCAGUGUUUCUAGUAGAAUGCUGUGUACGUCUUAAGGAUGUUGUCCUGAUAAUAAAGAUGAGAUGACCAAUAUAUUUACAGGCGCAUGGUCACGUUGAAUAGAAGGCAGGUAUUUUAACACCACUGUAGGUCGCUAGUGAUCCAAUCCACUGACCCCGGCACACAGAUCCACUUGAAGGGUUCUACGUGUUCCCCAGAUCAUCUGGCCUGUUAUCUGCUCCGUGGAACCACGGCACCUUCUGCAGGCUGCUGAUCACACGGUGUCAUCAGCCUGCAACUGGCGGAGAUGUUGGCCAGCGGAGUGGUAUUGGAGACAGCAUCUCGUACGUACAGCCCUGUCUGCUGUGUCGCCUCCAGGACGAUGCACACAUCGUCAGAACCAUUUUUCUCACCUUUUCUGGGGCUUUUCCAAGGGCAACGCUCAGUGUUUUUCUAAUUUGCUCACCGGAUGCUUGGCGCUAAAAGGACUCUGUCUAACCUUGGAUUGAGAUGAAUGUUUUCGUUUUAAAAAGGCACCCUGACUGAUGCAAAAUGAGACUGAUAUCUGUAUCUUACUUCCAAGGACGAUAACAAGACUUCUGGUAGUAAUUAUCUCGUUUUAAUCCCGGUUGACAUUCACGUUGAGUAUAUUAAAUACCACGGUCCUACUGCUGGUCCAACGAGGGGAAUGAAAAUGUGCGGCCUGCUUUCAGGCCCGUUGAUGAGCAUAAUACGAAGCCCGGUUCUCCUUCAGCAGGCUGACCGGUACAGCUACAAACCUCCACAUGCUCCACCUGCACCCCCCAAUCAGACAGACAGAAUCAGGUCUUCUGUUCUGCCAUUCACUCUCUAACCGGAGCGUCGCCUCAGCGCCAUCAUUGUUCCUGUGUUGCCUGGCAACCGCAGCCUCCCUGACCUCCUUGAGUGAAUUUGCGAGGCUUGUGACUCCCCCUCACCACCCAAAACGAGCCCGGAACGCAGCCUGAACACGGAUGUUACUGUUGGAUGUGAGCGAUGUGGCAGCGUUGUGACGAUUGGACAAUGUUCCUUUUGUUGUGUCCAUUCUUGUGCUGUCUUUUGCAGCAAGACAUACAAGUGUCCUAUUAGAUAUAUCUUUACAAUCCAACUGUACACGUUUAGGUGCCACUUUGUCGUUGUGGCGUACUAUGGAAACGGCCUUCACAUGUGACCUAGCUACCCAAUCAGUGCUGUUGGUGGAUCCAGUGUAGUCCACUGAAUAAUAAAUCACCCAGUGCAUUGGUGAUGAUGCAGAUCUCUCCUGCUGCAGGACCAGGAUGCAUUGCUCAAAGGCUGAUGAAUAAGAACAAUACUCCUUUGUCUCUUUCACCAAAAUAAGACUGACAUCCAUUAAAACAUGCUGGCGCCAAUAUUGAUUACGGUAGACUUCUAAUAGAACAGAUAAUGAGAGAAGAACGGAGAAUAUCAGUAAUAAAUGCUGCUGUUUUCACACCACAGACCUUGGUGGUGCGUAAUUUGACAAUUGGUAUGUUUUGGCAGAGCGUGGAGGCUUGUUUAGUCCAUACCAGUCAGAGCGGGAAAGGUGAAAGCAGGCCGCACAUUUUCAAUCCCCUCGUCGGACCAGCAGAAGAAGCUUGGUAUUUAAUACGACAUGCAAACUGCAGAGGUUUGCAACAAAGGGCCGUUGGUUCGGAUCCCGUAACGCUCAGCAGAAGCAAAGUCUCUCUCGCCGUGCCUUAAAUUUAAGUGCAUAGCUUGUGCGAAGUGACACAUUUAGCGAACCUGCUGGCACCAACAUCUAGUUCGAGAGUUAAACAUUCCUGCAGUGGGUGCUUUUGAGAGGAACCAGUUUUAACCGGAUUCUGUUCCCAACCUGUCAGGUUGUGGUCGAUUAGCCGUCAUAAGGGAUUUAACGAGGUCCUUCUCGUGGGCCUGAUCAGACGGCACAGAGAGCUAAUGUUUGACCAGAAUCCCACUUUCAUCACGUUGGUCUUUGCAUCCAAGGGAAAGAAGUUCCCUUCUUUGGAGAUGCUGAGGAGCGACGUAGGUCAGGUACAUUUCAUUUAGCGCUAAUCACAACAGACGAAAUUCUGGUUUAACUUUCCUAUUGAAGAGGUCUAUACCUAGUUAUAUAACUAAACAGCUCCCCAAAAGGCUGGUAGCAAGCUGUCAAUCACAGUAAGCCCACCCUAAAUUACACAAGGAGUUGUGGUCUACUUGUCUAUAAACCAUAAUUGACUAAAUGAACAUCUUGCUGCAUUGAAGAUCACAUGAACGUGGAGAACAUAAACCAAGAGAGGUGGUCCUUUUCUCAUACAAGCAGCGUGGCCCCCUGAAGUCAGUAGAGGAUGCAGGUGUUAAUACACCUUUACUUACAGGACAUCUUUCAUUUGAUUAAACAAACAUUCUUGUCAUUUCGCCCCAUGGUGUAAAUCCUGACCUGGAGAAGAAACGUGGCUCUUCUGCCGGGCGAGACCACUCCACUCACAAGUGUUGGAGUCCUCAACCCAACAACGCUCUGGGAAAGAGAAGAUGGCCUUGUGUGGGGGAAGCAGAUCCGUCUACCCCCCCCCCUGAAAUGACAACUACAGGAGAACACGGACCUCUUGUGAAAACAUAAAGCGGGAUUGGGUUUUGUUUGCUUGAAAUGAUCCGUACCCAACGGAGAAGAAGCCGCUGUUUUUGGGGCGGGGAAAACAUUGCACAAGCUGUGCUUUUCUUGUGUGUUUCUCCCCCUUCCUUUUUACUGUGAUCCUGAUAAGACGUGUUGUUACUGUCCUCCAGUGAGCAGAGCAGCCAGCGUCGACCAAGCAGCAGCAGCGUGGUCUCCGUAGUUCCACUCUCGGCGACCCCCCCCUAUGGGUGAGGGGCUUCCUCUGACGUGGUGAUCACCACCUCCGCUGUCAUCAUGGGGAACGUCGUCCUCAUGCACUUCACCACGGUGGACUACAUCAUCUUUGCCUUGCUGUUGGUGGCCUCGACCGGCAUCGGCCUCUUCUACGCCUUCUCCGGGGGGCGCCAGCGCACCACACAGGAGUUCCUGAUGGCUGAUCGCUCCAUGAGCUGCCUGCCCGUGUCUCUGUCCCUGCUGGCCACCUUCCAGUCGGCCGUGGCCAUCCUGGGCGCCCCCUCUGAGGUGUACACCUUUGGGACUCAGUACUGGUUCCUGGGCUGCUCCUACUUCCUGGGCCUGCUCAUCCCGGCCCACGUCUUCAUACCAAUCCUCUACCGACUGAGGCUGUCCAGCGCCUACGAGUAUCUGGAGCUGCGCUUCAACAAGACGGUUCGCAUAUGUGGGACGGUGACCUUCAUCUUCCAGAUGGUCAUCUACAUGGGGGUGGUCCUGUACGCCCCGGCCCUGGCACUCAAUGCAGUGACGGGUUUUGACCUGUGGGGGGCGGUGCUGGCCAUGGGGUUGGUGUGCACUCUAUAUACUGCUCUGGGCGGUCUGAAGGCGGUGAUCUGGACCGACGUGUUUCAGACGGUGGUGAUGUUUGCGGGCCAGCUGGCGGUCAUCGUGGUGGGAGCCAGUCAGGCAGGGGGCAUGGCGGAGGUGUGGAGGAAAGCAGUGAAUGGCAGCCGCAUUUCUGGACUUGACCUGAACCCCGACCCUCUGGAGCGCCACACCUUCUGGACGCUGGGUGUGGGCGGAGUCUUCCUGAUGCUGGCCCUGUACGGGGUCAACCAGGCCCAGGUCCAGAGGUACCUCAGUUCUCGUACGGAGAGAGAGGCCGUCAUGUCCUGCUACGUGGUGUUCCCGUGCCAGCAGAUCGUCUUGUGUUUGGGUUGCCUGAUGGGUCUGGUCAUGUUUGCUCGCUACGGAGAGGACAGCCCACUGGACAAAGGCUACGUUAAAACUAAUGACCAGAUGGUGCUGUAUUUUGUGAUGGACGUCUUUAAGGAUCUGCCCGGGCUUGCAGGACUGUUUGUGGCGUGUCUCUUCAGUGGAGCUCUCAGCACCAUCUCAUCAGCUUUUAACUCCCUAGCGACGGUAACCAUGGAGGACCUGAUUAAACCUCAUUUUCCAAACAUGACUGAGGCUAAAGCGACGCUGCUGUCUAAGGGACUUGCGUUGGUCUAUGGCCUGGUGUGUCUGGCCAUGGCCUACCUCGCCUCUAUAAUGGGAUCAGUGCUGCAGGCAGCCUUCAGCAUCUUCGGGAUGGUGGGCGGUCCUCUGCUCGGCCUCUUCUGUCUGGGGAUGUUCUUUCCCUGGGCAAACUCUACGGGUGCCGUGGUCGGGUUGGUAGCCGGUCUGGCCAUGGCCUUCUGGAUCGGCAUCGGGAGCUUUGUGAUGCGUAUGUCCGAUUCCAUCCCGCUCAACACCACCGCUCUGCCGCUGUUUGACAACAUGACCACCGCUGUGAUGACUACGGUCAACGCCACCACACCCAAGCUGAGGCCGUCGGGUGUGCAGGCGCUCUACUCGUUGUCCUACAUGUGGUACAGCGCUCACAACUCCACCGUGGUGGUGGUGGUGGGACUGCUCGUCAGCCUCCUGACAGGACCCAUGAAGGAGAAGGAUCUGACCCCCGGCACGGUGUUCCCUGUCCUGGGCACGCUGCUCUUCUUCCUGCCCGAGCGCUACAGGGAGAAGCUCUGCUGCGUCACUCCUCUGUCCACGCCUCACGAGUCCAAAGAUACCACCGCGCAGCCGUAUCAGAUGGCCAGGAAAGACGGCAACGGAGCGGCUCUCUGCAAGGAGGACACGGUCACCGAGGACAAAGAGAUGGAGAGCGACCGAGCGCAGACGGAGGAGGAGGACGUGGAACCGAGGACGCCUCGACCCUCGUGCAAACUGACGGGUCAGACGGUCGAGGAGACCGUCUUCUGAUCCCGUCUCCUCCUACUUAGAAAGCACCUCCCAGCUGCUGCCGUUCCUCCAGGGCUCGUGGAGCACGGCGGUCUGCAGCAGCUAGUUUGGAUGUUUUUAUUUCACAAUGUCGUAAUCUGUUGAGUAAAUGUGGAUGGACGUUAUCGGCCACACGGUGUUUUGUUGGUACCUGUCCAACCCGGGACGCUGCACUGGAUGUCCACAUGGGAGCAGGCAGAGAAGGAAGGAGUCAGUGGAGCUCUGGUCCAGAUGUGUGCACAAUGAGAAGUUCCGCUGGUCGGGAUCCACACAUUAGCCGGCAAAAUGAGAAUAAUCAGGUAGUCCUUAAAAGAUACAAGAUGUAAAUGUUGUAAACCAAAUGUUUGUAAACCAGGAGAAAAAGACUAAUGGUGUCAGCCUUCCAGAUGUCUACAAUGUGUGUUCUGUUCUGUGUUCACAUGAGCACAGACAAAGUGUACGGGGAGGGUUGUCUCUGCAUGCGUCCUCUUUGGGGGACGAAUACCAACUUCAAUAGUUUACAGCGAGCAAAUACGAUUUUAGAGCUUAUGUUUUCCAAAUGGUCUUUUUAGUCGUAUCUCCUCCAGUUGCCUGGCGACGUACUGCUGUGGAAGCAUGUUGGAGAAUGAACACUAAGUCCAUCCGUUUCAGAGGUAAACUGUCUGCCUGAACUACGCUCCGCUAGGCAGGAACUUCCCCUAUUUAUUUACUGCUAGAUAGGAUUCAUUUCCCUUCCUAAUCCACGUUGCUGUCAGUGCCACUGUGUUGUUGAUUUGUGUGUCUGUUUGAAUAUUGUUGUAGUUGGUCUGUUUUUUGGAAUCACAGAAUUCUUGACCAUCCCCCA